AUGCCUGGCACUGUAGCCGUCCUCAGGACUUGCCCUGUUCGAGUUGGGGGACAGGUUGACGAUUCUCAGGUUUAUUUUCAUAGGCUGUUCUGGACUUUCCCCCCUUGUAUCCAGGCAUUCCGUCAUUGCAAGCCUUUGGUGAGUAUUGAUGGCACCCAUUUAUAUGGGAAGUAUGGGGGAACACUGCUAGUCGCCAUUGCACAAGACGGAAACUCGAACAUCCUCCCCGUGGCAUUUGCACUAGUUGAGGGUGAGAAUGCUGAGUCAUGGUCUUUCUUUCUUUCCCACUUCCGUGAGCACGUGACACCUCAGCCGGGUCUGUUAGUUAUUUCAGAUAGGCAUAACGGAAUAAAGGCAGCCCUCGAGGCUCCGGAUGGGGGAUGGCUACCGCCUACUGCGUACCGGGCGUUCUGCAUUCGACACGUUGCAGCGAAUUUUGCCUUGACGUUCAAGGGAAAAGAUGCCCGGAGGCUUCUUGUUAACGCCGCAUAUGCCAAGACCGAGGUGGAGUUUGACUACUGGUUUGACAUUCUGCGCUCUGAGAAUCCGGCAAUGUGUGACUGGGCGAACCGAAUCGAGUAUUCGUUGUGGACACAGCACUGUGAUGAGGGUCGGAGAUUCGGGCACAUGACGACCAAUAUUUCGGAGUGUGUCAACUCAAUCCUGAAGGGGGUUAGAAACCUCCCUGUUUGCUCCCUGGUGAAGGCCACAUACGGAAGACUUGCUGAGCUAUUUGUGCGUAAGGGGAGGGAGGCCGAGGCUCAGAUGGGUACUGGACAACAAUUCACUUGA